ACAGUACAAACUGUCCAGCGUUGUAAAAUACAGCUUUACUGCUUUGUUUAAUAAAUUACUUACUAUGAUUACAUAUCUAACAGCGUGCAAGUACAGGAGUAAUACAGCUGACUGUUCAAGUAAACAUAGUAUUAACUCACUAUAAGGUUCAGCAAAUCUGUAGGCAUAAGCUGAAAUGCAGAGGAUAACUUUUGUAGGAAGUACGCUCACGGCAGAAUUCAUCUAGAUGUAUGACAGUACUUGAUGUUUCAUCAUUAUGUGUUGAACUCAAGCCAAGCAAUUCUUAAAGCUGCUGAAUAACAUGACUUCCCGUUCUGUUGUUCAUAAACCUCCGGUAAGAAAGGUUGCUAUCUUUGGAGGAACUCACGGUAAUGAGUUAUCAGGGAUAUAUUUGGUCAAGCACUGGCAAGAGCAUGGAGCUGAGAUUCAAAGAACAGGAGUGGAAGUGAAACCAUUUAUAACCAACCCAAGAGCGGUGAAGAAAUGUACUAGAUACAUUGACUGUGAUCUGAACCGCGUUUUUGACCCUGAUAAUCUUGGCAGGACAGUGGUGGAAGAUACUCCAUAUGAAGUGAGAAGGGCUCAGGAAAUCAAUCAUAUAUUUGGUCCAAAAGGUAGUGAUGAUGCCUAUGACCUAAUUUUUGACCUUCACAACACCACUUCUAACAUGGGUUGUACUCUUAUACUCGAAAACUCCAGGGAUGACUUUACAAUUCAAAUGUCUCAUUAUAUCAAGAAUGCUUUGGCUCCAGAACGCUGUCCUGUUUUGCUGAUUGAACAUCCAACCUUGAAAUAUGCAACAACUCGCUCUGUAGCAAAACAUCCUGUUGGCAUGGAGGUGGGUCCGCAACCACAUGGUGUUGUUAGAGCUGAUACUUUGGACAAAAUGAGGAAGAUGAUCAAACACGGCCUUGAUUUUGUGCACCUUUUCAAUAAAGGAAAAGAAUUUCCACCAUGUACAGUUGAGGUUUACAAAAUAAUGGAGAAAGUAGAUUAUCCCAGGAAUAAAAAUGAUGAAAUUAUUGCUGUUAUUCACCCUAAACUGCAGGAUCAAGACUGGCAGCCAGUGAACAAAGGCGAUCCUCUAUUUUUGACUCUUGAUGGAGAGGUAAUCGCAUAUAAAGGGGACAGUACCGUCUAUCCGACAUUUAUUAAUGAAGCUGCGUAUUAUGAAAAGAAACAAGCUUUUGUAAAAACAGUCAAAAUAAAACUCACUGCAGAACACCUCAGAUCUUAGACCAGAACACUUAAAAGCUGAUAACAGAUUUUAUGCACAAAGUGUGUAUGUCUCUGCUGUGAAACUGAGUUUCAGAUAUUAGUAAUUUACAGAAUAAAUAAAUGCAAAAUCCAAUUUAAAAUAGUAAUUUAAUUAACAUCGCUGAGCACUUUUAAGACCAAAACUACUGUCAUAAUGUGAAUUAUAACUAUUGUUUACCCAUUCUAAUAGAUUACUAUAGAUACAAAGAAUAAAUAUUAUUUGUAUGUAGUUUGUUAAUUCACGCAAUAUAAAAUGUUUAAACAAUAAACCACACACAUGGAUUAGUAGCUAUAAAACUUUCUUCAGUGUCAUAUCUAAACACGAUUAUUCCCUAAAUUACAUUAUAUAAAAAAACUACAGAAUUUUUACUUUAUAACCCCAAACCUUUGGGUUUUACUUUAUAACCUACACUUUAAAGAUGGGAUGAUUCUUGAAAAUAAUUCCUCACAUAACUCGUACAAGAUGUGAGACAAAAGAAAUAAGUUGGGAGGAAGAAACUGGGAGAGGGUAGCUGUGGAUUAAAAUGCCUUUCUCAUCUGCAUACGUGACUAACCCCUAUUGCAGUUGAAGUGGAGCGCUUAAGGUUAAUUCUGCUUUGCUUUUUACGCUUAUAAAGAUAUAGUACAUGCUAAAAACAUGAUUUUUGAGAAAAAAUUACUCUAAAAAAUCUGUUGAAACUGAGAGUAUUGUAAGAUUAAUUCAAGCUGUUUCUGAUUUAUCUUUAAAUUAAAGACUUAGUUUUGAGUUUAGAAAGUAUCCAGUACUUAGAAACAUACUGGAGCAGUAUUCUACUUUAUGAAAACAACAUUUAUCCUUUUCCAAGGAUACUUCUAUUGUGAUGGAGACAAAGAGUUUUUCAUAGCUUUAUAAAUUUUUUAGCUGCAUCCAUCUACUGCUUGUAACAUCUUCCAAAUACAAUGUUCAUCAACUGUUGUACCCCAAAAGCUUUUAAAGUAGUAGUCAGGACGAGGUAAAAUUGUUUGGAUUUUGAUGAAGAGCAAUGCACAGAUCAUAUGUAGGUAUCUCAAAAUGGAAAUUAAGAAGGAUUCUGUAUCUGGAGAUUUCUCAGAAUUUUGAGACUCAUUUGUUCUGUAUUUAUAGAAACAAAGCCUGACUGUUAAGAGUAGCUGAGAAGAGGAAGAAAAUGGUGAUUUAAUUAACUUUCUAAAGUUGUUUUAACAUUUUUGACAAUAAUCAGGGACAGAGAAAACAUUAAAAAAACUUUACAUAAAUUCUAAAAGCAUACAAUAAUUAGCUAUUUACUAAAAGGUUCUUUGUCCAGAUAACCCCCAAAUUACAUCCUUUGGAAAGUGAUGUAUUCCUUAUUCACUACUCUCAGUCAAAAUCCUUUUUUCCUCCCUUUCUGCGGUUCUUAUGCCAUAGCAAUAAAAUAAAGACACAGGGCAGAAUGAGACGUUUAUUGAAUUACAUGUUUUAUUUCUUUAUAUUUAAAUAAAUAUUGCAUAAAAAGUUCAGACUGA